AUGUUGCUGCUGAUACAGAUGCUGCUUCCGCUCGUGAUGUAUGAAGUACAUAGCAUGAAGUGCACGGGCCUGAUAACAAAGUUCUACCAGCACAUCCUCGCCUUUGUGUUUGCCAUCCAUGAGAUCAACAAGAACCCCAAUAUCUUGCCCAAUGUCACACUUGGGUUCCACAUCCAUGACUCCUACAUAUAUCUGAAAUGGACUUACAGGACCACCCUGGACCUCCUCUUCACAUCACUUGAACUUGUCCCAAACUACAAGUGUGGCACCCAGAAAAAAAUGAUCGGUGUCAUUGGGGGAUAUAGUUCUGAAACCUCAACAGACAUGGCAACUCUCUUAAGUUGCUACAAGAUCCCACAGUUUUCAUUUGGCUCAUUUGAAUCAGCAGUGGAUAACCCAACCAGUCUCCCUCACUUUUACCGCACAGUCCCACAGGAAGCCCUUCAGUACGAGGGAAUUGUCCAGCUAUUUCUGCAUUUCGGCUGGAAAUGGGUUGGGCUCUUCACUAUGGAUAAUGAAAGAAUUGCAUUCAACAACAGUGCCGGAGAUGAAGUGACCUUUAAUGAACAUGGAGAAUUGAAAGGUGGAUUUGAUAUUACCAAUAUGGUCACUUUUCCAAAUGAGUCCUAUGUCAGAGUCAAGAUGGGGAGGCUGGAUCCUCAGGUUCCACUUAGUAAAAGAGUUACCAUCGACGAGGACAGAAUUCAGUGGAACAGACACCUCACACAGCUGCCUCCCUUAUCUGUAUGUAAUGACAACUGCAAGCCUGGUUUCAGCAAGAAAAAGAAGGAAGGGGAGCCAUUCUGCUGCUACGAUUGUGAUCCGUGUCCAGAAGGGAAAAUAUCAGACAAAGAAGACAUGGAUUCCUGCAUGACUUGCUCUGACAGUCAUUAUCCAAACCUGGGACAAGUCCAAUGUAUUCCCAAGAUUCCAAAUUUCCUUUCCUUUGCAGAACCCUUGAGCAUAAUUUUAGCCUUUUUGGCUCUCUCCUUUUCUCUGAUCACAGCCCUGGUGCUCGCAAUCUUUGUCAAGUACAAGGACACCCCCAUCGUUAAAGCCAACAACCGGAGCCUCACCUAUUGUCUACUCAUCUCUCUCUUCCUCUGCUUCCUCUGCUCCUUGCUCUUCAUUGGAAGGCCCAACAAGGUGACCUGCCUCCUCCGACAAACGACGUUUGGCAUAAUCUUCUCAGUCGCUGUUUCUUCUGUCCUGGCAAAAACUGUCACGGUCGUGGUGGCAUUUAUGGCGUCUAAACCAGGAAACGUUUUUCGAAAGUGGGUGGGGAAACAAUUGGCAUGGUCUAUUGUUAUCUUUUGCUUCUUUGUUCAAAUUGGCAUUUGUGCUGUUUGGCUAGGAUCUUCUGCUCCAUUUCCAGAUGUGGACAUGCAUUCACUGCAUAGAGAAAUCAUAGUGCAAUGCAAUGAAGGGUCAGCCACCAUAUUUUACUGUGUCUUGGCCUUCAUGGGAAUUCUGGCCUCCGUCAGCUUUAUUGUGGCUUUCCUGGCUAGAAAGUUGCCUGACAGUUUCAACGAAGCCAAGUUCAUCACCUUCAGCAUGUUGGUCUUCUGCAGUGUUUGGCUGUCCUUCGUUCCCACCUACCUGAGCACUCAAGGAAAAGCCACAGUGGCCGUGGAGAUCUUCUCCAUCUUCGCUUCCAGUGCUGGCUUACUAGGCUGCAUCUUUUUCCCCAAAUGCUAUGUCAUCAUUCUGAGGCCUGAGUUGAACAGAAGGGAGCAAUUGAUCAGGAAAAACCAUUGA